GAACGAGUGUGUUAGAACGCGCGUAGCUCGUAGUCAGUUUCACGUUCUUCAUAUGAUCACAAAUCCCGCUGGCUAGGAAUGUGUUGAACAGCUGAUUGGCUUCCGGGUUUCUAGCAUUUUAAGACCGAAUACUUGGUUACGACAAACAAGAAGAUUUUGUUCCAACGUUUGGAUAUUUUCACGAUUCGCUGUAGUAUAAGGAAGUUUGCAUGAAGACAUUUGCCUUCGCUUCUGUUACAGUAGCCACGGUAGGCCGAGCAAUCUACAACGGGAAAACCCUGUCUUGACAUUUGAAACCUCUCGGGCUCUGCUCUUAGGCUGGUUUACAAAUUCGAUAUUUCCCUUCCCUUACAUAAGUAUGUGCAGCAAAAUUUCAGAGGAAUAUGAGUCGUCUGCUUGCCCACCAGACAGUGGUGUAAUCCGUUGUAAACCCGUCAGUCCAGGCGGCACUUCAGAUCCAGUAGUUUACACCGCGGAUAUUCCAAAUACAGUUUGUGAGGAAACUGAAGGAGAUGGCGAUUGUGAUGCACCAUAUUAUGUCAUCAUCAACGGAAACACAAUAAAAAGAGUAUCGGAAGCAGAACUACAGAUGCUAGAAAAACAGUGUGUCCCGAGAGCGGGGGCGGAAGCAGACAUUGAAAAACUCAAAAGAUCAUUUCAGAACGAAGAUGCUAAUUCCGGCUUGGACAAUUCGUUAAGCGAGGAAAAUCUUCUUGCUCACAUCUCAAGACAAGUUGGUUUUCAGCAACAGUUGUUGUGUUCUGCUAUUGAUGGGACAUUGCACGACAGUUUAAACGAGAAGAGAUUGCCACAGUACCAGAUAGAGGAGAGAGAAGACCCUGUAGGUGCCAAUAGUCUGAAUGACCAUUACACAAUACUCCCCAAUCUGCUCAACCAGCCACAUAUCCCUAUAUCUUGGCCUCUUGGUUUGACACCUACAAUUGCCACAGGAAACAUUCAAUCUACACCAGUAAACUCUACAGCACAAAUGCCUGGUACAAUUCUUCAUUCUCAGAAUGGUACAAGUUUGGUGACGAGUACUCCUGUGACCGGUCAGAGAGCCUUACAGUCUCUUCCUAUGAAUGGCCAGGAUCACUGUCUAUUUACUCCCCAUCCCAAAACUGGACAGCUACUGUACCUGGCACCUAGUGAUGGAUCCUCUCCUCAGCUUUUCCAGCAACUCACCCCCACAGCUAACACCCCAAACACCUCUGAUUUUGUCACACCAAACAUACGAGAGCACAGUAAGAAGCCAGCAAUGUUGAAGCUAAACAGCAGUGGAGAAGAUGAGGACAACUCUCACAACUGCUCUUCUGACAGUCCACCGACUCCUCUAGACUCAAGCUCAGAUCGUGAUAGCAUGCAGUUUGAGCUUUCUUUGUUUAACAACACUGGGGAAGAGAGUAGGGAACAACACAAUAUGAAGGAAAGGCGCAGGAGACUAAGGAUCAAGGAUGCCUGUGAUGUAAUGCGAAAGCUGGUCCCUGGAAUGUCAGAUAAAACAGACAAAGCUACAGUGUUUGAGUUUGGAGCCCGAUACAUCCACUUUUUAAAAGGAUUUGUGGGAAACAAGCAUGACAAGGACUUUCUUAUCAAGUACAGUCCAUACUGACCCAGGGUUAUGAAGCUUCAGAUUUCCAGACAUUCAAUUGUCAGAGAUGAAUGGCAGACAUUUUCCUGGUCAAACUUAAACUUUGAACUUAAAACGCAUAGGUUUAUUAGGAGAUAAAUAUCAAUAUUGUCUUAAAAAGUGAACAAUUUAACAAUAUUAGAGAAGAUAUUUUUCUGUUACUUUUCCUACUGGCCAUAUAGCAAUAAAGAUGACCCUAUUUCCAAUAUUAUUUGAGAUACAUUCAGCAAACACAAGACUGAUGAUCAUUUCUGUUAGGAUCCGUUCCUGGCAAAAUCUGUCAAAUGAAAGUCAAUGAACUUUAUUUAUCUCAAAAGACGACAAAAAUAAUGUUUUCUGGCUCUGCAAGCAGAUGACAGGCUCAAGCAGAGUUAAAUCAUAUGCAGAAUGUUGUCAAGUGAUUGUUGUGAUUGUGGAAUAACAGUACGACUCCAGAGAUAUAAUACUAUUUGCUAGAUACUGCAAAUGUUGUUUGAUCACUUCUGAAAUGUAUGAAAAUGUUUUGUGAAAAAGGAAUCCUGAGAGCUAAGUGUACAGUGUACAUGUAUUGGAAUGUUGAAGAUGUAGGAUCUGUAAGCUAGAUGCAGUGAUUAUGUCAAGUCCUCAUUUAUUAAUGUCCAGCCAUGUUUGUAAAUAGUAGCUUUAUUAUUAUUUUAUAUGUGAAUUUAGUAUUUUGUAAAUGAUAAAUGUAUGAAAAUUUGUAUAAAAGUUAAAUAGCUAAUCAAGCUUUGAGCAACUGGAUCCUGUGUCUGAGUCUGGCUUUAUGUGUCUGACUCGGACUUCGGGUGAAUGUGAGUGUUGUUUAAGUCCAGUAAUAUUCAUGAUACAGCUACAUUAUUAUGGUUUGCUGAAGUAGGAUGAUGACUGAUUCUAAUGUUUUUAAAUUUUGAUUUGUGAACUGUGUACGAUAUAUGUACUGUGUAUGUGGAUCCAUAAAUAGUAUAUAUAUAGAAGCUCUCAUGGGAAGUGCUGUAUUUCUGUUCGUUAAAACAAGAUUACAUAUUUGCUAGUACAUAUAUCAUGCUUUGUAGUU